AUGGGCCCGUGCCGUGCGCAUUGGCAAGACAGUCGGGGAUUGUGGAGCAGGAGGAGGACCAUGGCUCUCAGGUGGGCGCUGCUGCUGGCCGUCGCGACCGCCGCGCUGGCGGGGGCCUGGGCUCAGGACGAGCCCGCUGCUCCGCCCGCCUACCCCACCCCCACGCCGAUCCCGCCGGCGCCCGCGGACCCAUGCGCGGGGUACAAGUGCCCGGACUACGACGUCAUCGACGUCGUCAACGGGGACGUGGAGAUCAGGAGGUACACGCAAGGGAUGUGGGUGAAGUUCCCCGUGCCCGGCGACGACUUCACCUUCAUGGCGGCCUACGGAGACGAGAAAUUGAGCAGCUUCUUCGAGGGCUCCAACUAUGAGCAUAAGGAGGUCGAGAGGUCGACCCCCUUGAAAGUGGACUUCGACGUGUGGGACCUCAGCUCCCAGCGGUACUCCUCCUACUGGGUGCCCCUGGAAGAAGAGACCCUCCCCCCGGCCGCCGUGCCUCCCACCCGCAUCGACAAGCACGGCGAGACCUUCAUCUACGCCAAGAAGUACAAUGACACCAUGGACUUCAGGACUGUGUGCAAGCACAUCGCCGAGGGCAUGGUCGACCUCACUGUGGACGGGAAUCCCUUCGAGCUGAACAAGGUCUCCAUCGCCAUGUACUCCUACCCCAAGGAGGGCGGCGGCGAGAGGCAGUCCGACGAGAUCUGGUACACCAGGAGCUUCAAGAAGUGGGACAGCCCCGAUGUGCCCGUGCUCAGGGAUGAGGCGGCCUCGUUCGGCCGGGCUUUCGAGACCGUCCAGCGCAAGAUGCUGAAGUGA